AAGGACAAAUAUGGCGGCCGGACGGCGGAAGUCUCAAGCUUCAAAAUCAACUUUAUUUGAAGUCUAAAGGUGUGCUAAUCAUGGAUUGUGUGGCGAGCAAGAUGAGGGCUUGCUGGAUCGGUGUACCGCCAAAGCCCGACGGGAAUAACACGGAUCUUCGUCAUUUGAUGAAACAAUUGAUGGAGUCUCCAAUAGUGCGUAGACGUUGCCCCAGACGGUGUGGUGUCCUCGGAGAGCUGGAUUCGCCGCCAGACGGCUGUUCAAAUCCUCACACUUUGGGUAUUGAAGACGGUACCAUCCCAGAUGAAAACUUCAGGGCUUCUGAUAGCAAUGACGUAAAUCUGCCUGAAAUGGCUCGACUGAAUGCUCCAACGUAUUGGAGCCCAAAAUUUCAAGAUGCUUACCGUUGGAUCGAGGUGGAUCUCAUCCAAACUACUAGGGUAUCUGGUAUCAUCACGCAAGGACAACAACUAGAGUUCACUUCCUUUCUUGUGUCAAAGUUCAAAGUGUCCUAUCAGUCUACACCUUCUAGCUACGAGUACGUCAGGACGGGCAACGGGGAUAUCCAGGUAUUUGAUGGUGGGGACAUCAAAUCUGCUUCUACCCCACAUACCAAUUACUUCAAUCAGUCCGUCAUGGCGUCUGUCUUCCGUAUUUACCCCCAGGAAUGGAUCGUCGUUAUUGCACUUCGGUUCGAGUUGCUUCAAUGUUCACAGGAUUGAUGUGUUACAAUGAGCCCAAUGUAAACAAUGUAUACCAAUGUAAACAAUGUAUACCAAUGUAAGCAAUGUACACCAACGUAUACAAUGUACAACAAUGUUAUUAGUUCACACCAAUGUAAGUAGUACACACCAAUGUGAGCAGUGCACGCCAAUGUAAAUAAUACACGCUGAUGUAAGUAGUGCACGUCAAUGUCAAUAUAUAAUACACGCCAAUGUAUUUAAUGCACGCCAAUUGUGUAAAUAAUACACGCUGUUCAGCCUUAACCUGAUUUACGCUUUACCCUAGACUUGACUCAAGUCGGAAUUGCCUUAAGUCGGUAUCUUAAAAAAAGUAGCAAAAAUCACUUAGUUUACGUCU